CAAAAAGCCACAUUCACCGCAAAGCGACUGCUGUUUCACACCAGAAGAAGAAUUCCUUAUUUUCCUUUUUUUGUGUGUUGCAGCGGACCUGCGCGUCACACCUGCGCAAUGUGUCAAGCUGAGUCCUGCUGACCAUCAACACCAUGCAAGGAUUUUACUCCAAACUGGACUCCUCCCCCCUGCUGGGCGAGGGCGCCCCCGUGGCUCUCAACCUGGCGGUGGAGACGGAGCGAGCGCAGGCCCUCCUGCAGACCUUCAGCUCCGCCUCCCUGCUGGCGUCCGCCGGGCUGGGCGCCUUCUGCGUGGUGGCCGACCACGCCCUCCAGCUGCCGCUGGUGCAGCACCACCUGUGGCCGCGCGCCCUCCUGGACAACGCCACGCACGCGCUGGUGGGCCUGUGGUCCUGGGCCGUGGUCAUCGGGCUGAGGAAGAGGAGCGACGUCUACGAGAUGCUGCUGGCCGGUCUCCUGGCCUCCAUCAUCGACCUGGACCACUUCUACAUGGCCGGCUCGCUGUCACUCAAGGCCGCCGUGUCUCUCCCUCAGCGUCCUCCCCUCCACUGCUCCUCCCUCAUCCCCGCCCUCUGCCUCUCCCUGCGCCUCCUCAUGUGGCUGGGACGCCUGAAGGACGCCUGGUGCUCCCUGCCCUGGAUGCUCUUCAUCGCCAUGGCCACGCACCACGUCAGGGACGCCGUGCGCCACGGCCUGUGGGUGUGGCCUCUGGGCAACACGGCGCCGCUCCCCUACUGGCUCUACGUCAGCACCACGGCGACGCUCCCUCACCUGUGCUCGGUGCUCAUGUACCUGACGGGCACCAGGGACGUCAUCUCCACCAAACACGGAGUCGCCAUCGACGUUUAGCCUCCGCGCCCCCCCGCGGUGAGACACUCUGUCCGUGUGGAGGGAAGACGGGAAAACUUUUAUUUUUCCAACCUAAAACUUCACUCUUCAACGAUAUUUAUUCAGGGGGUCGCUUCUAAAAACACUUUUUUGCUUCUUUCUCACUUCUUUUAGACUAUCGUGUACUUUUGGAAGGUGUUUGACUAUUUAAUAGCAACAAUGUGCGACGGAAUAAAUACACUGAAAUUGUUGAAUAUGAGUUACUAUUUACUAGGGGUGUAACGGUACGUGUAUUUGUAUUGAACCGGGGGUUCCGGUUCGGUUCGGAGGUGUACCGAACCAGUUUCCACACGGACAUAUUAAGUAGCGUAACGCACGUUGUGUAAACAAUGCACACCGAGGCACAACACACGGCAUGCUAGCAGCUAAUGGGCUAGGCUAGACUGACCAUACGUCCUCUUUUCACCGGACAUGUCGUCUUUUGCGGAGUUUCUUAAACGCCUCAAAUGUCCGGCAUUUUGAGUUAGGGUUGCGUGUAUUUUCAAUGUACGUUCAGGGUUAAGAAGGGGUUAAAAACAAAACAAACAGCAGCAUUGGUGAGGGAGGGGCAGAGACAGAGAGAGUUAUGAUAAACGCGCAUGCGUCGCCAGGCUCUGCUUUUUAUCCAUAGAUUUAUGUUUAAUGUUUUAAGGCCCACGGCACAUUCUAAAAAUACUAUUCAAAUAAACAAAAACAUAACAAAAGUGAAAUAAAAAAGCUUCAAGGUUAAAUGUAAUUUAGAAAAAGUUGCAAUGUUGACUAAUAAAACAAAGCUGUUUUUUCUUUCCUUUCAAACUGUCAUUGCUCAAAACAUAAUAAUGAAUCAAAAUCAAUGUUAUUAUGAAUUAUUGACCUAUCCAAGGUUCCCAUUACUUCACAUCAAUGUUCCCUCUAAUUGUUCAUGUGUGUGAGCAAAGGCAAAAAGUCCAUGAGCAUUGAGUGGAGGCCAACGUGAGCAACAUCAGACAUGCACACUGUGGCUACACCAGCAGCACACCUGGCCCAAACCUGACUAAAUAACAAGUUCCAUCUCCAUCCAUCCAUCCAUUUUCUACCGCUUGUCUCUUUCGGGGUCGCGGUGGGUGCUGGAGCCUAUCUCAGCUGCAUUUGGGCGGAAGGCGGUUUACACCGUGGACAAGUCCCCACCUCAUCGCAGGGCCAACGCAGAUAGACAGACAACAUUCUCUUAUUAUUAUAAUCAAAUGACAGCAGUCAUUUCCAUUUCUAAUAAAAGUGUUAGGCCCACUUACAAUGACAAUAACAACAAAUAUAGUUUUUCAUGAAGUGUGUACUUGUAUUGUUUGUCUGGGUGGAGGUCCUGCUUUGGAAAUAAUGUGCACCCCUUCCAGACAUUGCAUUUAGUUCCCAUUAAAACAUCCACAUGUUGCACAAUGAGAUGUAAGCAGGGGAUCAUGUGUACAUUCCUGCAACUUCCUAUAUUUUUAUUAGUAUUUAUUUAAUAUACUAACAGCAUUUCAUGAUUAAUAUUUAUAAAUUAAGAUUCCUAAUAAAUAACACUAGAAUAAGCACACAUUUGAUUGGUAAAUCAUAGUGUAACGACCUGGAAUGACACUUUACGUGUGGUGUUGGAGUUGUCCCACUUUUUGUGUGGCUGUAAACGCAUCACUGGCUAAGUGCCAUAUGUGCAUGUGUUGGCGCAAGUGAGAAAGAGCGAGCGGCUGCUGUUGAUAUAACAAAGUUGCUUUCGGUCUGGUUUGUACUGCUAGAUAUCAUUUUUUUACUAAUGUUUUGGUGAUGUGUUUAUGGCCGACAAUAAAGAGCUUUGCUCAGUAAAGUGAUGGAUGGGAUUCAUGUCCUCAAAGCGUCUCGACAGACGUGACAAUAUUUGAACAAUGAUGACGAAAACUGUUUUCUCUGUCGUGUCCGUGUGUCGAAAAUUGCUUAUUUUUUUAUUUGAUUUUGUGCGUGGCAUAGAUUUGCCGUGCGCAGAGGACGCUUGAGCAGUGCACAAUUGCACAGGCGCGCACCUUAAAGGGAACGUUACUUCACAUCAAAUAUUGCACUAUUUUUGGUGGAAGAUUUUGCAAAUUUGGUAAAUAACCCAAAAAUGUAUAUUUUGUUGUUUUCUUACUGUACCGAAAAUGAAUCGAACCGAAUUUUUGUGUACCGUUACACCCCUACUAUUUACACUUCUGUUAUUUAUUGUCUUACUGCUGCAAUGUGCAAGAAUGCAAUUAAAUUGAAGAUGAACUUUGAUCUAAAGCAGGUGUGUCCACACGUUUCCUGCAGGUGAGCUACUUUUCAAUGGACCAAGUGGGAGGGGAUCUACCUCAUUCAUAUACAUCAUUUAUAUUAAUUUACUUAUGAAAGAGAGGUUGUUGUUAAAGGUGUUUAAUAAUAAUAAUACAAGCAUGUUUCUUUCAUGAAGACAAGAAUAUAAGUUGAUUGUGAUGACUUGCAUUGAUUGGAAUCAGACAGUAGUGAUGAUAACGUCCACAUUUUCAAAUGGAGGAGAGAAAAGAAGUCCUCCUUUUUGUCCAAUACCACAUGAAAGUGCUUGCUUUUUGCCAUCUUAUUUGUCCAGCUUCCAUACUCCUUUCUGAGACUCUUACUUUGUCAGCGCAGGCAGGAUGGAGCAGCGCUUUUAUUGUGAAGACAGGAACUCUUUAAGAGUUUUGACGGCGGGUACGGCGCGAGAGUGUCGAAAUAAAAAAGGGUUUCUUGCCUUCCUGCCGGUCGUUUUUUCUUAAUAACGAUCUGGCAGCAGCCAGCGUCACCUCACAAGACCCUCGGGUGCCGUGAAUGUCAAUCAAGUGACCAAAUAUUGAUUUAGGACUAUUUUUUUAAUGACACAACCUCCGCCAUCGACAUGAUGGGCAGCCCUUGUUUAGAUCAACCUCUCCCACUCAAAUACUAACACUAAAUUACUACUAAUAGUAUUUAAUAAUUAUACCUAACUUACUUACAGUUUACGUCCUUGUCAAACGAUAUAAAACCAUGUCAGGCGGAAAAAAAUAAGUACUAAAAUAAGCACUAAUCAUACAGUACUUCAUAAAAAGGGACACAAAUAAAUGUAACCACAAUUAUGUUGUGCUAAAAUAAAUAAAUGAAUGUUUCUUAACUGAAGUGUCCAUAAAAUUAAAGUGCAAAUUAAAAUACAGCUUCACUGCUUUAGUCAUAUUUCUCAAUGACCGUCGCUCCCGACUUCUUCUGUUUGUUUGUGGUUGUCAUUACUGCCACCAGUGGUGGAAACGUGUAUUACAACUGGGAAACAUACUCUUUGGUCCAGAACAUUCUACCAAACCGCUCAUAGUACUACGUAUGUAUAAGUACUAUGAUGAAUGUGAUGGAUUUGUUUUGAUUCAUGAAAUAAAAUGUGAAUGUUGCUCAAA